UGCACUCUCUCAUCACAUAGAAGAAGCAACAAAGCUGCGCUCUACUCUGAUCUUUCUCCUAUUUGGUAUUAAUUUCUAUGUGAAAUUGAUAUCUUUUUUGGGGGUUUUUGUUUCUUUUAGUUUUCCGAGGAAAAACAUAAAGGGAAAAUAGGGUAAGUUAUAUAAGAGAGUGAGAAUUAAUGGAAAAUCUGCCGGAAACGUUAUGUGUGGACCCAACGGCGGCGGCGCCACCAUUGGCCUUGUCGGCGGCGCCACCAGGGGAAGCUUCCUCGAGCAUAUCGCAAUCCGCCACGCUGGAUGAGCUCUUACAUAUGCUCCAUAACCCUAAUCUCCGUGAAGAGGCUAUGGAGCUUCUCAACAAGAAGCGUGAAUCGUGUGCUGAGCUGCCAAUUCUACUGUGGAAUUCCUUCAACACAGUUUACAUACUUCUGCAGGAAGUGAUAUCCCUAUACAAGAAGUUGUCUCCCUUGAGGAUAACCACCAAAGAGUCCACUCGAGUUUGCAAUGCUCUUGCAUUGAUUCAGUGUAUGGCUGCUCACCCAGACACAAGAAUGGGACUGGUGAGAGCUAAAAUACCGGCGUAUCUUUACCCAUUCCUGGAACCAAGUGUGAAUGAGAAGCCCUUGGAAUUUUUGAGGCUGACGAGCUUGGGGGUUAUUGGUGCGCUGGUGAAGAUUGAGGAUCCAAACGCGCCGGAGAUAGUCCAUUUCCUCCUUGAAACUGAGGUUUUCCCUCUCUGCCUCCGCUGCAUCGACCUUGGCGAUGAACUAACCCAAACUGUAGCAACUCUGAUAGUGAUGAAAAUACUGGUGCAAGAGGAGGGGCUAAAGUACUGCUGCGCUCUUGCAGAGCGGUUCUUCUCGGUGGUGCAGGUGCUGGGGCGUCUGGUGGAGAGGCUGCCUGAGACUCCAUGUUUGCGUCUCCUAAGAUACGUCGUUCGUUGCUACCUCAGGCUCUCCGAACUCCCAACCCCGCUUCGCUCCAUGGCCAUGGAGACAUUCCGGCGUUGCCUUCCUCCAAAGCUCACCGACGAAAGGUUCCUCAACGUCCUUCAUGAUGAUCCGCAGACAGCGAGGAUGUUGCAGCAGUUCUUUCUGAACAUCACAACAAGCAGCUCUUAGAGAGGCAACAUAUAUAGUCUGUGUCUGAUGGAAGGAGAACCUUUGCUAUAUAUAUAGGUCUUCCAUGGUAUGUAGUGUUUGUUUAACAGAUAUAAAUAAAUAAAUAAAAAUCAACUGCAGGGUUUGAUUAACAGCUUAAUUAAGGAAAAGACUGGUGUAAUUUAGGUGUUGAAUAUAAUGGCUCCUGGAUAUGGAGGAGUUCUGUAUGUACUCAGUGUUUGUUCAUCUUGUUGUCCCUUUCAUUUCAUC